ACGCCAUUUUCGCGUUGGAUUUGAUUGUGCUCUGUGUCUUCUGUUAAAAUAUUUCAUUUUAUAAACAAAUACAAAUGCGUAUUUUCAUAAAUAGUAUUUAAUCUAAAUGCUUUCAAGUUAUGUUUUGCACUAAACCGAAAUGUGUCGUUAAAAGUUUAGUAUUCGUGGUGUUAUUCUCUGCGCGGGAAAUGUGACUGCGCCCAAUAUCAAUUUGGUUACACAUUAUACAUUACUUGUUAAAUAAGACAACAGUGCAAAAGGUUAUAUUUUACCACAAUGAUUCCAAAUAAAAUACGAGAAAGUCGAAGAAUGAAAGCUUUGAAGCUCCCAAAAAACCUAGAACGCUUAUAUAAAGAAGGAAAAUGCCGUGAGUGUGCAGUUGUUGUUACUCGUAUGGACUUUGCCAAGAUACUUGGUAAAUUUACGAAAGUGAAAAUUCAAUAUGAAAGCAGUACAACACCGAAAUCAAAACCCAACACUGAAAUGACUUCACCAAACUCAAUGUCCCGAUUAAAAAGUAAUGAGAAUGGUAUGGUCCUUAUUCAAAGAAAAACAUUCAAUCAGAAUUCAUUAAAGGAUAGUACAAAAAAGACAAGAGUAAGAGAAUCAUCGCCAAUUGCUACCAAUAUAUUGAAGGAAAACAAUAGGUUAAAAAAACCUGUACUAAAAGACAAAAACUCCAAUUACAGUAAUGAAAAGCAGAAGACUAACAAUAACCUCAAACAUUAUGGCAUUGUAUUCGAGGAUCCUUUGGUUAGUAACAAUUGCAAUAAUGAUUUUAAUAUAAAAAUAAUGUUGUGUGAUUUAUUGGCUGAAAUUGAUGAAAGUAUACUUCCAUCUGAAGACUGGUGUAUUGACUAUUUUCCUAAAAAAGAUGAGCCAAAGGAUGACCAAGUAUAUGAUAGAAUUGCUGCUGAGUUGGAAGAUCUCAUGUACAAUGAAAAACCGGAUACAAAAGUGGAGGAAAAACCAGAAGUUACAGAGGGCAAAGUUGAUGACUUUCCAUCUAUAAUGGAUAUUCUGAAUGAUAACAGUAGUGAAAGCAAGCCUAUUGACCAAAGUAGUACCCUUGAAUUUAAAUCUAAUUUAGAAUCUAGUGAUGUUGAAGCUAUGCUCCUCGGUAAGCCUAAUACAACAUGUGAAACCAUGGUCCCAACACCUAUGGAGGUUGAUAAUACUACCAUGGGUAAUUUGAUUGAAGAUGUCACUCAACUGAAUACUAUUCAAGAUACCUUAAAUAAUGUUGAAGAAUCUGUAGCUGUCAGUGAAGAUAUCUUGCCAAAGUUAGAUGUAUGUGACGAAGUUGAAAACCCCCACAGCCCAUCCAUACUUGAUGAAGCUCUUCAAAAAGGAAUUGAAGAACAUUUACCUGCAAAACCUAUUAUUGAACCGAGUCUAGAAGAAGAAGAGACAAAAGAGAAAGAUGAAAAUGCAUCUGUUACUCAAACAGAGGUAAAGGAAACAGAAAUUAAAGUUAUGGAUGCAGAAAACAAGGUAACAGAAUCUGAAAUAAAGGUAUCGGUAACAAAUAUUGAUACUGAAAAUAGUGACUCUAAUAAUGAUGUCAAGAGCAAAGAAAGGAACUUGUUAGCUUUGAAAGAUGAUAUAACACAUGUUGUAUUUAAAAAGACUAAAGGGGGUGCAUGUUCUAAAUCCGUUACAUGUCCAAAGAAUUUAAAAUAUUGUAUUGAAAUAGAAGAUAAAUCUGUUGAAUUUUUAGGUGCACCUAAAUUUAUUACAAGCUUAGAAGACUUAAAAGUGCUUUUACAGAUUGUAAAUGAGAGUGAAUUAGAUAGUCUAUAUGUAUUGCAUUGAGUUAUUCGACAGAAUACAAAAUAUGUAUAUAAUUAUAUAUAAUACACAAUUAUUCAUAACAAAACCCCUAGAUGAGUUGCUGCCAUCAACAUUUUAAAACUUAGUGCCUAAAUCUUAAUUGGUAUGUGUAGAUUAAAAGACUGUUUGUUGAUACAACUCCAUUGAAAUAUGCUAAGAGCAUUAAUUUCUGAAGAAUUAAUCUAGAAGUUACAUUUUGUUAAAUUGAAUAGCUUGCUUUUGUGGACCUACGUGGUGUACAAAAUUAAUUACAUUAUCACUGCUCCAUUAAAAUUGCAUAGCCAAUACAGGCUUCACCUGUACAGUAAAAAUCCUUCAAAACUAUCCUGUCUGGAAUUUUGACAGAAUAUGGCAAAUUCUCUUUAAAAACAAAAUAAUCAGCAUCAUAACAUUAUGAUAAUGACUGAAAUAUUGAUCAAAAUUACAUAAUAAUAUGUAUUAUCAAUAAUUAUCAUGAAAUAUAAUUGCAAUUUAAUUAUUGAAGUAUUUUAGUACAUUUUUUAAAAUUAAAUAGACAUCAAAUGAUAUCUUUCGUUAUUUAAAAUGGCAUCUACCUAGAACUGUUUCCGCAAUCGGCAUCAUAUUAUUAUAAAUAAUUCAUAAAUAUAGACAAAAAGCAAUGCUCUUGAAGUUUCAGUUUUUCAAAUAAUUGUUUUGAUAAAAUUACCAAAAUUUUCUUUGUAUUUAAGUGAGGCAACAUUCUAAAAAUUUAUGAAAAAUGGAACGUAAUUUUAGUUUCACCUAAUGCAUUCGGAUUUACGAUAAGUAAGUUUUGAUUUCAAAGUUUAUUAAGGCUCAUAAAUAGUUAAUAGUUGGUAUGUAUUACCUAGAUUUACUGUUGCAUUCGAACGCGUAAAAAGUACUUAAAAUAUUACAUUAGGCUAUUCGUCAUCCCAUAAGCCGCUCCAUGAGAAUUAUUUUUGCCUGUCUGCCACGGGGGUUGUUUUUUGGCUAAUUUGUCCCCCUUUUAACCAGGAUUGCCAGUAAAAAAUAUACAAAAACGUUAGUUUUUGGAAAAUGCACUCGGGCAGGUACUUUUUUGAUAGUCAGGAGCCAAUCAGCCAUGAAAAGCUAAAGAUACGACGAAAUCACCCACGCCGGAUAUUUUUUUUGACGGUAAGCUAUACUCACACAAUUUUCGAAACUAGAGAAGAUACAAAAGAUUAUAUUGCAUUCAGCCUAGCAUGGUUUUGCUACAUAAGUUCUCCAUUAUUUUCGUAUAAAGGGAAAACUAAUUUAAAAAGGGUAUUCAAUUCGAGUGGGGUUGAUUAAACAGGUACGUACAGUCUUAUGUACCUAUGACGUCAUUUUCCACGAUUAAAAUAUGUUAUGCUCAUUCGGGAAUAAAAUAAAUCAUAUAAUCCAUGACGAAUGAAAAGUGAGGUCUUCAUUGUACUACAAAAUCAGUACUUCAUGACCCCAAAAGGAUUCUAUAUUAGUUGAAAUAGAAUUAAAAUAAAGUGGGCCAAAACAGAAUAAUGGAAAAUCUAAUUUUGCAUAAUAUAGCUAGCUACCCCAUCAUAUUUCUCCUUGUAAAAACCUGAAAAAAAGAAUAACACUUCGUUCUCUCCAUAUACUGUGUGUUCGUGCCCUAAAAUCCGUCUUGUCUCUGACAGAUAUCUACAUUCUUCAAUCCAAAUGACCUUGUAUUAACUUUUGCUUCAGCCUCAAUUUUAUAUUGAAUGCGCAAGUAACUAUUGUUAAGAUCUUACGAUGAAAUAACUUAAAAAUCCUAAGGGCCACUAUAUGAGUUCUUACGAAACUUACUAACUUCAGAGAUAAUCAAAAAUUUGUGUCUGGCCAGUUUCGACGGAUUUGUGUAGAAUUACACUACUUAAAUUAAAUUAAAAUGUAACCAACAAGCGUUAAAUCGAAGACAUAUGUAAUUCCCACAAACUUCAAUAUAUUUCCCAAAAUAAGUGCAGUAGAGUUAGUGUCUACAAAGUUAUAACUUUAAUUAUAUCACAAAAGGGCAUCGUAUUUUAACAAAAAAAAAAAAAACUUAGAUACAACGCAACCGCAAAUAAGUUAUUUCGCUCGAUUGUCCAGUCUUCCCAGGCUCUCCUUCUGGGCCUAGGCUUUCUCCGAUGUUAAUUUUAAGGGUGAUGAUCAAUUACAUUGCGCAAUUUAAUUGAUCGUCUAGGUUGCCCAUCAUAUUACUACAUCAAUAUAAAUAAACUUCGAUAGUGGGGCUUUUUGACGUCAGUAUUCAUUAUAGUAGGUACGAAACAUUGACGUUACAUGGAAGUUGCGUUGUAUCUCAGUUGUUAUACUUAUUAGUUUGUGAAAGAGAAAAAAUGUGUCAAAUAUGUUUUUCUAAUGUUCAACCGGAACCAAUUUUGCUUACUCUUUAUUUGUAUAUUUUACUGAGUCGGCCCCUCGACUUACAAUAAUAUUGUGCAAUAUUUCAAGAAAAGAUUGCUCAACAAGAUUUUUUGUCGCUAAAAAUCAUUGCGCAAUCUUCAAUGUUAACAAUGUACGGUGUAGGUCUUUAUUGAUUGUGUAGAAUCUGCAGUCACUAAAUGUGCACAAUAAGUAAUAUUGCGCAAUUUUAUUGAUCGUCUAGCUAGGAAACGCCUAUGGAUCGUGUUUUUAUUAUUGAAUAUCUCGGUUCAAUUUUGGUGUCUUGUACCCUAUUCAAAGUAUGUAGGUUAAAAUGGGAGGAAUAUGAAUUCCACACAGUGUGAUCAUCAAUCCUCUUUGGACCUAAUAUUAGUAAGUUGGACCAAGAUUAUUUUGAUACCUUUAGCUUUGUUUUGUACUGUAUUUUAUAGUCAACUGUCGAAUUAUGAAAAAGUGUCUCUAGAUUUAGGUACCUACCAUUCCUAUAUUUGAAAAUUAUAAAAUUGCUUUCCUGAAAAAAUGCUUGAAAUAUAUUGUCGGUUCACAUUACUGUACGACUUAAUUUUAAUUAUAAUUAGUUACUAAUUAAUUAUCUACCUAUAUUUUAAAAUCUUUGGAAUAAAUAUUUUGUUAAGUUA